UUUAGUUGUGCCGCUGCUGGCCUCGCGUGUGCGUUGUCUGCGUCCUCGCUCGCUAUGCCCCGGGCGCGGAGGAAACAGCAGCCCAGUGGCAGUUCCCGGGGACAGCUGGUGUUGAGUAAAUUCUUCCUGCCUUCUCAGCCGGCCGGCUCUGCCUUGGCCCCUUCUGCUGACCCCCUCGUCUCCGCUGAGGAGAGACGCGAGGGCGGCAGCGCGGCUCCAGCGGCGGCGGCUUCUGCUCGUCUGUACACGGAUCUUGAACCUGGUGGGAAAAGGCAAAGAGCUGCAAAAAACAAAGACCAACAGUCAAAGAUUUUGCAGGGUAGAAAAAAGAAAGAGAGAACUGGAGAGCAAAAGAAAUCUACUAGCCCUCGGAUAUGUUCAGGAACAUUUGAUAAACUGCAAGAAUUCUCUAGCCACUUAGAACAGCAAAGUCAUAGGGUUCAUUCAGAGAUUUUUCACGGAAGCCAAUUUGUGAAUUUGAAAGAAGACCAGCAUCCAGUGGCUGGAAACACUUUGUAUUCUCAGAACAUCGAAAAGGAGGAAACAUGCCUUGGAUUUAGCCGGUUUUCUUCAUCAGUUAUAAGUUGUGAAAACAAUACUUCUGAUAUGGUUCUCAAUAAAAGAACCAAAAGUAUAUAUACACCACUUGAGCUCCAGUUCCUAGAAGUGAAAAAUCAGUAUAAAGAUGUUAUUUUAUGUGUUGAAUGUGGUUAUAAGUACAGAUUCUUUGGUGAAGAUGCAGAGGUUGCUGCUAAGGAACUGAACAUCUUUUGUCAUCAAGAUCACAACUUUAUGACUGCCAGCAUACCAACUCACAGACUGUUUGUUCAUGUUCGGCGACUUGUAGCAAAGGGAUAUAAGGUAGGAGUUGUAAAACAAAUGGAAACAGCUGCCUUGAAGGCUGUUGGAGAAAAAAAAAGCUCUCUCUUUACCCGGAAACUAACUGCAUUGUAUACAAAGUCUACAGUUAUAGGAGAAGAUGUGAAUCCUUUGCUGAAGCUUGAUUAUCUUUCUGAUGCUGAGGAACUACCAUCUGAUGCCUGUGAUAAUUAUCUACUCUGUAUCUCAGAAAGCAAAGAAAGUUUCAGAGAGAAGAGACAAAACAGUAUUAUAGGUAUAGUGGCUGUCCAGCCUAGUACAGGAGAAGUUAUCUUUGACAGUUUUCAGGAUUCUGUAGCUCGUUUAGAGUUGGAAAGUCGGAUUUUGCGCCUGCAGCCUGUUGAGGUUCUUCUUCCUGCAGAUGUGUCGAAUCAGACUGAAAAUCUUAUCAACACUAUGAGUUCUGUAAGUUUACAUGAUGACAGAAUUCGAAUAGAAAAAAUGGAAAACAGACAUUUUGAAUACAGCAGUGCUUUCCAGCUGAUUACAGAUUUUUACGGCUGCCAAGGACAUGAUAGCACAGGUUCCCAAACACUGUCUGUCGUCUUAAACUUGGAUAAGCCAGUGUUAUGCUCCUUAGCUGCUGUGAUCACUUAUCUUAAAGAAUUUAAUUUAGAAAAAAUACUCCAUAACCCUAAUAAUUUUAAGAAGUUAUCAAGUGAAGCUGAAUACAUGGCACUUAAUGGAACUACACUAAAAAAUCUAGAAAUCCUACAGAACCAAACUGACAGGAAAACAAAAGGCAGCCUGUUUUGGGUCUUGGAUCAUACAAAAACUUCAUUUGGACGACGGAAACUGAAGAAAUGGGUGACACAGCCUCUCUUGAAAUCCAGUGAAAUUGAUUCUCGACUUGAUGGGGUGUCUGAGGUUCUCAUGUCAGAAUCGAGUGUCCUUGGUCAAAUUAAGACUCUCCUAUAUAAGAUGCCAGAUGUUGAGAGAGGACUCUGUAGUAUUUAUCACAAAAAGUGUUCUGUCCAAGAGUUCUAUCUGGUAGUUGGCACGCUGUCUCAGUUGGAAGCUGCUAUCACAGCACUUAUUCCAGCAAUACGUUCUCAGGUGCGAGCAUCUUUGUUGCAGAAGAUACUCUUGGAAAUUCCAGAAUUGCUCUGCGUAAUGAAAAAUUAUUUAAAUGUACUUAAUGAAGCAGCAGCAAAAAUUGGAGACAAAACUCAGCUUUUCAAAGAUCUUAAAAAAUUCCCUAUAAUAAAGAAGCGGAAGGAUGAAAUUGAAGCAGUACACCAUCAGAUCCAGUUACACCUUCAAGAUAUACGAAAAAAGCUAAAUGGUCUUUCUGUGGAUUAUGUAACAGUAUCUGGGCAAGAGUUUCAGGUUGAAGUCAAGAACUCGCUGAUAUCUUCCAUACCACCUGAUUGGAUUAAAGUUAGUAGCACAAAAGCUGUUAGCCGUUUCCACACUCCUUUUAUUGUAGAAAAUUACAGACAUCUGAAUCAGCUACGUGAACAGCUAGUCCUUGACUGCAAUGCUGAAUGGUUACACUUUUUAGAUCAUUUUAAUGAACAUUAUCACUCUGCCUCUAAAGCUGUGGGUCACCUAGCAACUGUGGAUUGUGUCUUUUCCUUGGCUGAGGUUGCUAAACAAGGGGACUAUUGCAGACCAGUCAUAAAAGAUGACAGAUCAGAGAUAAUGAUAAAAAAUGGGAAACAUCCUGUGAUUGACUUGUUGUUAGGAGAGCAAGAGCAGUAUGUUCCAAAUCAUACCUACUUACCGAAAGACAGUCAAAGGACAAUGAUCAUUACUGGGCCUAAUAUGGGUGGAAAGAGCUCCUAUAUAAAACAAGUUGCAUUAAUAACAAUAAUGGCACAGAUUGGUUCUUAUGUACCAGCUGAGGAAGCAUGUAUUGGUAUUGUGGAUGGUGUAUUCACCAGAAUGGGUGCCAUAGAUAAUAUAUUCAAAGGUCGCAGUACAUUUAUGGAAGAACUAACAGAUACAGCUGAAAUAAUUAGAAAAGCAACUUCACGUUCACUCGUAAUUUUGGAUGAACUUGGAAGAGGAACCAGCACGCAUGAUGGAAUUGCUAUAGCUUAUGCUACACUAGAACAUUUUAUUAAAUAUGUGGGUUCACUGACACUAUUUGUCACCCAUUAUCCCCCAGUGUGUGAAUUAGAAAGGGUCUAUCCGAUUCAGACUGGGAACUAUCACAUGGCGUUUCUGGUAAAUGAAGAGGAUAGUGAAGAAGAAAAGGCAACUCUGCAUGAAGAAACUUCUGAAUCUGUCACUUUCCUUUACCAAAUAACAAAAGAAGUUGCUGCAAGAAGUUAUGGACUAAAUGUUGCUAAACUAGCAAAUGUUCCUGAUGAAAUUCUAAAAAAGGCAGCUCACAAAUCGAAAGAACUAGAGAGAUUAAUGACUAUGAAAAGGAAAAGGCUGGUGACAUUUGCUAGACUGUGGAAUGCUAAUGAUGCUAAAGAGCUGCAAAAAUGGAAAAGUGUGUGUGAAACAGAAAUUGAUUAAACCAACUGCAAAAAUAAUAAUGCCUGCUGAAAUGGCAUAGGAUAUUUAAAAUUUACUAUAAAAAUUAUUUAUUACAGUGAUGUUUGAGAUGUCUUGACAGAAACUAGUAGGUGAAUUUUAAGUGGCUAAUGGCUGGUUCUCAUGGUUGCUUUUAAAUCAUGCAAAUCAUUUCCAGGGAAGCAGUUAUGUGGAACAGCAAACCAUGUGAACUAGCAUUUCUUUUCACUGCAGAACGUACUUUCAAACUGGAUUCAAAUGGUAUUUCUGUGACACACUUGUGCAAAUGCAAGGGCUGUCAUGUGGAAAAAAUCUAUAGAGUGAAUGAUCUUUUCAUUCAAAUGUAAUAGAAGCUUUGUGCUUUCUUAUUUAUGGUUUUUGAAAAUCUUUUCCUAAUGUAUGUUGAGUAUAUUCACUGAAAUAGAAUUAUGUUCUCCCAUAUUUAUAUCCCAAAGACCGGCUAAUUUUAUCAACUUUAUUUCCACUAUCUCCACACAGUAAUUUACUUGAAGUAAAACGUUUUUUAUAUUUGAUGACAUUAGCUGUGUCAUUAUUUGCUGAAAUCAUGAAAAUCAUGUUUGUCCAUUGCAGAGAAAAAGAUUUUUGAAUUAAAAUGAUGGGUUGAAUCCCACAAAGGAGCUUACAGAAUAUGUUGGUGGAGCUGAUCUUUCAUCACUUUCCAUAGUAACCUGCUGCUUAUGCCAAAAAAAUUCUCUGAGGAUAGGGGACUGUCAUGAACAAAAGCAGUACAAGUACUAAGAGCUGAUACAAGGCUGGGAAAUUGAGUUGCCUCUGCCACCGUCAGUGAUUUCUCCCGCAUCACUGCAGCUCCUGAACUAUCCUGGCCUUCCAUAGGAUUUUUAGGAUAAUCAGCAAUGGGCAGGCAGGAAAAGAUGUGUUCCGCUAACUCCUUCCACAGGCUUUUCUGCAAGGUCCAUAUCAACAACUUUUUAAAAAGUUGCACUUUGGUUAUUAAAAUAAUUUACAAAGGCAGAACAGUAAUUGUUUCUAUUUUAAAUAAAACCAAUAAAAUAAAGAAUAGAAAAGUAUUUAUUUGUGAUUUAAUGGAUGUGGAUUACCAAUUUACCAUUUUUUUAAUAACAUGGCUGUUUCUAUCUUUCCCCCUAGAAGAUACUGUGGGCAGAUCAGUGAUCCUUCUCACAAAAUUCUUGUAGGAUAUAGAAUUCCUUCCUUAUACUCUUGCCUGUAAAAUAUCAGUAAGAUAAACUAACUUUUAUCAGUUUGUAUUCAUGAAAAUGACUUUGCAAGUGUAAGGAUAACAUCUGCAUGUCAAGUUUGCCAAAAGUAGUGAGAAUUGGAGUCGUUUACAAGAUGUAAAUUGAUUAUCAAACGGACUGCAUAUGGGUUAUUAAAAACACCUGUUAAAUAAAGUAAAA